AAUGAUAUAGCAAAAUGGGAUCAAGAGAAUUUUGAGGCAUUAAAGGAAACGUUAAAUCAAUUCAUACCCCUUAUUCAGUUUACGGAAAUUUCUCCCGCCGAUUUUUUUGAUAAAGUACAUCCUUAUAAGGCUAUCAUUUCAAGUCAAAAAUAUGAAAAGAUUGUGGAAUUUUAUUGUAAAGAGAUCUUAAAGAAAGCGGCGAUCUUGCCGUCUCGCGUGGGAAAACUAGCAUCAACAAUAAUUAAGCCAAAGUUUGCGACUAUUAUUGCUAAUUGGAUUGAGAAACUAGAUUCGAAUGUUUAUUCAUUUAAUAAUAAAUAUAGGUUUAAUAUGAUUUAUUCAAGCGGUCUGAGUGCACUUGAUUGUAGGACAUUUCACAUUAGAUGUAAUCGGCAAGGACCAUUUGUUGUAUUGAUAAAGCUUCCAUCAAAAAAGAUCUAUGGAGGGUAUAAUCUGGUUGGAUAUGCAUUAAGAGAUGGUCAAUGGUUACUUUCUUCGGACAGUUUUAUCUUUUCUUUUGAAAAUGAUCAAGUUACACAUAAUAUGCGAAUGGGUAGAGUGUUUAAUACGCAAAGAUCAGUUUAUGAGCAUUGCAAUAAGGAAUUUUUUAACUUUGGUAAUAAUUUAUCUAUGAAAGAACAAAAAAUUUAUCUUCGUAACGUUGGAAAUUAUAAUAAUGUUUGGGAUAAUGUUAGUUUAAUUAUUGAAAAAAUUGAAGUCUUUAGUGUUGUUAAAAAGUAA